ACAAAGCAAUAUGGAUUCAUUUAGUUGGGAUUCGUUGUAAUAACGAUUUAAUCCAGAAGUAUGUUUUUUUUUGUCUGAAGGAAGAAACACUUACUAAAAUAAUCACCAUAGUUACCGUUGGACUAAUUAAUUAGGAUUCUCCUGGAUGGCCUAAAGAGUAAUAAAGUACUGACUGAACUGAAUGAAUAUGCUAAACUGGUCCCCAGUGUGCAGACUCAGUUUCAUGCUCUGUGGAUUCAGACCUCUCCUUUUGUCCUCUGCUCUCUGAGCCACACAUUUAGAAGAAGACAUUGUUGUUGUAAGUCAUAGACUUCUAACUCAUACUUCUCACCAUGGACGGUGCAUUGACUACUGAGCAUCAGGAGGAUGGGUCUUUGCGGAGGAGAAAGACAGAAGACGAAGGAGAGGAUCAGAUCGGGAGCAAGUUGUCAAAGACGGAAAGCACCGGUUUGGAGUCUUGCUUGGACGAGCCAGUUGAGUUGAGAAGUGUUCAUGAAGUCAUCAAGUAUGGAGCCUCGUCUCUGCCAGCUAAGCAUUAUGACCCGGAUACCACCGAGCCAAUCAGCUCCGGCCUUCAGUCCCUGGAGGAGCUGUUGUCGUGGAAACGCAGCGAGGCCAACCCCUUCAACGUGGCGACGGUGCCCCUGGCCAAUCGGGAGCCUUCUCUGGCCAGCACGCCGCACCGGACUCUGGUGAGUCACGACAUGAUGGGCGGAUACCUGGAUGACAGGUUUCUGCAGGGAGCAGAGUCGGAUGCCCCCUAUGUGUUCUACCACUGGCAGUACAUCGACGUGUUUAACUACUUCAGCCACAACACGGUGACCAUCCCCCCUGCCGUCUGGACCAACGCUGCUCACCGACACGGAGUCAUCGUCCUGGGCACCUUCAUCACUGAGUGGACGGACGGGGGGAAGAUGUGCGAGGUCUUCCUGAAAGAGGAGGAGUCUUACAGGGCCGUAGCUGACAGGCUGGUUCAGAUAGCCCACUGUUACGGCUUCGAUGGUUGGCUGAUCAACAUCGAGAACCCUCUCGGUGAGACUGCUGUGAAGAACACUCCUCUGUUUCUACGUUAUCUGACGGACCAGAUGCACGAGAGAGUCCCUGGUAGUAUGGUGUUGUGGUAUGACUCUGUGCUGGAGAACGGACAGCUAAAAUGGCAGAACGAACUCAACCCAUCCAACAGGUAGGUGG